GACUUUGACAGUUAGUAAAAACAUAUGAGUCUGAAUCGGAAGAACAUUGAUUGAUACAAUUAUUUGAAAAAUAAAUAUCUAGACACUGCAAGCAAAUCUAAUGCCAUGAUUCGAGAAGACGAUCCUCAGUUCAGGAUUACUCCAUUCCAGCAAAUGGCAUCGGCUUGUACCGGUGCACUGAUAACCUCGUUGUUUAUGACACCAUUGGACGUAGUAAAAAUACGAUUGCAAGCUCAACAGAAGGCUCUUCUAUCGAAUAAAUGUUAUUUGUACUGCAAUGGCCUUAUGGAACACUUAUGUCCUUGCGGAGACUCCGCAUGGAUACCUAGACGGGUACAUUUUCAUGGAACUAUGGAUGCAUUCUACAAAAUAGCUAAAAUAGAAGGUGUGCCAGCAUUAUGGUCUGGACUAAGUCCGACAUUGGUCCUAGCUCUUCCUUGUACUGUUAUUUAUUUUGUCUCAUAUGAACAAUUACGAUAUAAAAUGAAAACAACAUAUAAUGCAAUCACUACUACUAGUAAGUCAACACAGCCAUUAUGGAUACCACUUAUUGCUGGGGCUACAGCUAGGAUAACUGCUGUCACUAUUGUUAGCCCCUUAGAACUUAUUAGAACAAAAAUGCAAUCUAAGAAAUUGACAUAUGCCGAAAUAACAUCUGCACUACGAGAUGUAGUGAAGUAUGAAGGCUAUAGAGGUCUGUUCCGAGGCUUAGGGUCUACACUUUUGAGGGAUGUGCCAUUUUCAGGCAUGUAUUGGACAAUGUUUGAGUCAACCAAGCGAGUGUUCAAUCGACCAGAUUCAGAAAAGAAUUCAUUUCUAUUCAAUUUUUUCUGCGGUUCUGUGGCUGGCAGUGUUGCUGCUUUUGUUACUUUACCCUUUGAUGUGGUUAAAACACAUCAACAAAUAGAACUGGGUGAAAAGGAAAUCUAUACAGAUGGAAAAGUACAACAGCGAGCAUCAAAUAUGAAGGAUAUUGCUAAAAACAUCUACAAGAACCACGGUGUGAAAGGUCUAUUCACUGGUCUAUUGCCGAGGAUAUUCAAAGUGGCGCCGGCGUGCGCCAUCAUGAUCGCGACGUUCGAGUACGGGAAACAGUUCUUCAGGCAAUACAACUCGCAGAAAUACAAAGAGAAAAUGCAGAGGCAUCAAGAAGUCGUUCUUAUGGGCAACGUCAACAAUAAUGAUUACUCUUAGAGCGGAUCAAUGUGACUAUACUAUGCUUUAACGCAUUGUUGUAUAAUAUGUGAUAAACGACUGUACCCCUUACAGUUAUUGUAGUUUUAAUUUUUGUAGGUUAUAUUUUUUGACAGAUAAUUCUAAUCUUGGGUUGUCAUUCAAUCAAAUGAACAAUGUGUAGAAAGAGAAAACUAUAGACACCGUCAUAUCUUUCGUUUUGCUCAAACAAUAUAGAGAAACAUACAUUAGAAAUAUUAACGAAACGGGACAAAACGCCCUUUUGUUCAACAUCGUGUGUCCGAUUUAUAUCGCCUACCUUGCUGCAAAUAUAAGAUAGGCCAGGGUAUGGGAAUAUUCUAUCUCAUGUGGCUACGCUAACUCGGUGUCUAUACUUCCCUUUGUCUUGUCUUUGGUUUGUGUACAUAAUGGGGAAAAGUAUUGUUGGUUAAUCCUUAUUGGUACACGGAAUACGGUACCAUAAUAAAUGUAAACGAGAUUUAUGGAAGUAUAUUCUAUGAUGACUAAUAUAGAAUAGUUACCAGUUUAGUAGACAUUUCCCGUGAUAUUCGGAUCGAAUAUUGUUUUAUUUAUUCGUAUUACUUAAAAUAUAUCUGUACUUUUCUGUAAUAUUUCAGUCACAAAAAAUGUUAGAUUUAUUUGUGUUGUGUUACAGUGUCCCAUCAAUGUAAUUUUAAUGUUAUUUAUGGGUUGUUUUCUUACAUGUAAUAAGUUUCAACAACUCUUUUAUUUUCAUAUACACUAACAGAUAUGGGACCAGAUUACAUAUCAAAAUACAAAUUAAACGUUUUAGUUGAUAAAAAUAUUAAUAUUAUCUAUUCUACUAUUACAUUAUCAUAUUUUUUAAAAUCUUGCAACUUAAAAAUUCCAUAAAUUUUAAUGUGACAAUGUAUUUAUUUAUUAUUAUCUCCUUCUUAAUUAUUAUAUUGUUAUUUUUUUGGAUAAAGGAAGAUUUUAAAAGAAACAAAAGUUUCCAGGUUUAUUUUUUCGAUUUUAAUUAAAUGACCAGGAAUAUAAUAUUUUUAAAAAUCUUAUGCACUAUAUAGUCUUAAUUUGAAAUAGCAUGUACAUAUAAUGUAAUACAUUAAUGUGAUGGUGUGGAUAACAGGAUCAAUAUCACCGGUCACAACAUCAGUGUUACAGUACAUUCAUCUGCUGAUUUUAAUAAGACUAGAUUUCCGAUUGAAUGAACUUUCGCUAUAGCUGUUUUUUAUGUGUUUUGUUUUGUAAAUAAUAUUGUUUUUGUUUUGUUAUUACGUUUUAUUCCAGUCGAAUAGAGCCUACUUCACACAAAGAUAUGAUUGGUGUUAUUUAUCAUUUGUUAUGUAUGGUAUAAUGGUUCAAUGCCAUUGUAAAUAACUUUUAGUAUUCUCAAAAAAGCAAAUUACACCUAGAUGUGAAAGAA